CAUGGAAUGUAAUUGCAAGAAUAUAACAUUUUUAACUCAAAUAAAGUGGUUAUAUUGUGAAUAUAGAUUUUAUUUAACAUGUACAAUUUUAUUAAACUGUUUUAAAAAAUAAAUAUUUUGUUAUAUUUAAGAAAAAAAGUUGUGUCCCCCAAAUUCAUGUCUGUGUGCCACAACAAUGGAUGUCGCCCCUUUAAGAAAAGGGAGAAUUGUAUUUGGACUUCCUGUGUGUAAAUGUCAUUGCAGGUGCUGGUUGAUCUGAGUGAUGCAUGGUGAGUACAUUCUUUCUUAUUAAUUUUCUUAAAUUUAGCUAAACCUCUGACAAUUUCAUGUGUCGCACUUUAUUAGUGUCUGUGGUGUUAUGUUGAUAACUUGCAGAUCUGACAUAUUUUAAUCAAAAUUUUGAUAAAUACAUACUUAUUAAUAUUUCCAAAAUCUCCCCUGAUCUUGAAAUCAUCACGAUGGCACCCUUCCUUUUAGAAAAGUCUGGAUUCAGGCUGAUUUGUCUGUGGUGUUACUGUCUUUUCUGGUAACACCACAGAGCCUAUAGUAACUUGCAAUAUAAAGUCUAUGGUGUUACUUCAAAAUGACAUAGACAUAAGUGUCAUCAGUGUUUGAUUAAAUUAAACAUUUUUUAAUUAUUUAAAAUUCAAAAUGUUCUUAAGCUUUCAAAUUCGGACCCAUAUAGCCUAUACUUUUAAGAAAUAAAGUACACUAUAUUUAUAAAUGCACAUUCAAAACAUUUAAGCGCUCUUCUUUUUCACAAAGGGAGCUCAGUCCAAUUGAGAAAUUAGAUGGCUGGUAGUCGAAAGUUGAGAAUUAAGGAGGGUUGUUUUUUCUUCCUUUUAAAAAAAUUAGGUAAUGAAGAUCUCUGGCCAAGAAGGUCCGCCGCAAGUUUCUGGUUUCUAAAGGAAGCUUCUUCACCCAGUUCCGGUUCUGGGACUUUCUGUGGGGGCUUAAUAAAGGUCUAGGGGGACAGCUGCCGGCUAGUCAAGCGGACAACUAACCUCUCGACUGCUGCUUGAAUAUUUCCUCCCUGUCUCCUUCGGAUUUCCUUAAGAAAUUUUUAUACUCGUUCGGUCCUUCACUGGUCCUGUAUAAUCUCAUGAAUAUUUAUACUACUCCAUCGACGCAGCAAAUCAGCUGAGCUCCUACUGCAUAUGUUUAUUGUGUAAUUCACGAAUUUACAUCUGUCAGUCCCUGCGGUACUAUCCCUCAUCCGCAGUUUAUCGGAACAUCUCAGUUCUUCUAAAUCACUCAAUUCUGUCAUGGCCAAAUGGGGAGAGGGAGACCCUCGCUGGAUUGUGGAAGAAAGAGCAGAUGCGACAAAUGUCAAUAACUGGCACUGGACAGAAAGAGAUGUCACAAGCUGGUCUCAAGAUGCAAUAAAUAGCCUCCUUCUUGGGCUUCGUGUAGAGGGUGAAGGCGGCUCGUGCGAGAUCACAGACGUCAGCAAUAUAGAAGGUGAGGCCUCUAUCAACAACCGCAAAGGGAAGCUCAUCUACUUCUAUGAGUGGGUUGUUAAAGCCUCAUGGACUGGUACAAAUAAAAUGGGAAUCAAAUAUAAAGGCACUGUAGAAAUACCGAAUCUCUCUGAUGAAAAUGACAUGGAUGACUUAGAUAUUUGUGUUAGACUUUGUAAAGACCAGCCAAACACACCUCUGACUGACCUCAUGAGGAAGGAGGGAGUCAAGAAAAUCAGAAUGGCACUGGGCAACUAUGUCAAACAUCUCAAAACAGAGUUCUCUCAGGGUAUGAUUUUACCAACAGAAAACGCACUCAACAAACAGAAUCAGGAGACGGAAGCCAAGGUCAAACUAGACAAAACCCAAAUUGGAUCCUCCACAACAAAAAAUGCUCCCAACACUGGAGUUAAAAUUUCAACAGUAUCUUUGACUAUGAAAGACACCUUUCUUACCUCACCAGAAGAGUUGUACAGGGUUUUCCUGAACCAAGAGAUGGUACAAGCAUUUACACACCUUGCUGCCUUUGUGGAUGGGUGCUCAGGUGGCAAAUUCCGGCUGCUGGAAGGAAAUGUUUAUGGGCAGUUUGCAGAACUGAUUCCAGACCAGAAAAUUGUCAUGAAAUGGAGGUUUUCAAGUUGGCCAGAUGGACACGCAGCAACUGUCAUUUUAAAUUUCGUAAAUCAAGGUAGUGAGACAGAGCUGAUUCUGGAGGCCAGAGGAGUUCCCGACAAUGAGGAGGAAAGAAUGAAAGAGGGCUGGCAGAGAUACUACUUUGAUGCCAUUAAACAGACGUUUGGUUAUGGAGUACGACUCUGUUAAACCAAAGCUUAUGUUGUGCCAUACCAGAAACUCGGGACAUAAUGCAAAUAGAUUUAAAAAAAAAACACAUGUGAACAUGAAACACUUGUUGUAUUUCCUGCCUGCACUAGUUAAUUGCUGGAUUUCCACAAACAUCUGUGCCUUUACAGUGAAAAAUAGGUGCUUGGAUUUUUAUUUUAUUAUUAUUAUUAUUUUAUUUUAUUUUUUUUUGUAUUUGCUAUUGAAUUUGCAUUAGAGCUUGUCAUGUUUGAAUGUAAUAUGUAUGUUUGAAUGUUAUGUCUGGGCAUUCCAGAUAUAGAUAAUGAACUAUUUGAAACUGAGUGUUUUAUAAGUGAAAAUAUGUUUGACUGUGAUGAAGCAAAAGUCGAAUUGAUUGUAUAAUCAUGGUACCUCUUAAAUACAUUGUCAAAUCUGUGUUGUAAUAAAACA